GUUCUUAGAUUGCAGUCAUAUCAUUUUAAGUAUUUAAAAGUAUACCAUUUUUUCGGACUGAAAUACUCAUUAGAUUUAUAAUUUUUGUACACAGAACUGAAAUCUGUGUAUUCUGAACUCUGAACCUGUUAUUACUUUUUUAUUUUGACUUAAUGUCUGAAUUAUCAGAUUAGAAUUGAAUUUUAUAAUUCUACUAUGGAACAUUUAAUAGAAUAUUUUCUUUUUAAUUAAAAUGAUCACACUUCGCGUUAUAAUUUGUUCAUGGUUGAAUUUGGUUUGUUAUUUUAAUAUUAUUAAUUUAAAUAUCAGUUUCGAAUAAAAAUAGUUAUGAUCAAAGCAAUAUUGGUAUUUAAUAAUUAUGGAAAGCCUAGGCUUUCUAAAUUCUAUCAAUAUUUUAAUGAAGACAUGCAACAGCAAAUUAUUAAGGAAACAUUUCAGUUGGUUUCCAAACGAGAUGACAAUGUUUGCAACUUUCUUGAAGGUGGAAGUCUCAUUGGAGGAUCAGAUUACAAAUUAAUUUAUCGUCAUUAUGCUACACUGUAUUUUGUGUUUUGUGUAGACUCAUCAGAAUCAGAACUUGGUAUUCUUGAUUUAAUACAAGUAUUUGUUGAAACUCUUGAUAAAUGUUUUGAAAAUGUUUGUGAGCUUGAUCUUAUAUUUCACGUCGACAAGAUUCAUUACAUUUUAAAUGAACUAGUAAUGGGUGGAAUGGUUUUAGAAACUAAUAUGACCGAAAUACUUUCAAGGAUAGAAGAACAAAACAAGUUAGAGAAACAAGAAGCUGGUCUUGCUGGUGCUCCUUCUAGAGCUGUGUCUGCUAUGAAAAAUAUGAAUAUACCACAACAGUUGAAAGAUAUGAAACUUCCUGAUCUUCCUCAAGCCAUUAAGGAAUUGAAGUUCUGACAUUCGAGGAACAAAUUGGUUUGCUCUGAAGCCUAUCAUAACUAUACAAAUUGAGUAUGGAAGAAUGAACAAAUAUUUGUUAUCUGCUGAUUAGAAACUAAAAUUUAAAUGUAGAAUACUUUUCAAUGCUGUUUUUGUUCUUAUAUAUUGUUAACUUUAUUUUGGUACAGUAUACAAUUUUAAAAUUUAAAUAGCUUAAUGUCUAUGUCAAUAUUA